AUGAGCAGCGCCCCCGCGCGGGGCCCGGCGCCCGCCUGCCUCACGCUCUGGGACCAGGAGGACUUCCAGGGCCGCCGCAGCCGGCUGCUGAGCGACUGCGCCACCGUCUGCGCGCGCGGAGGCCUCAGGGUGCGCUCCGUCGAGGUGGAAAGCGGCGUUUAGGUGGCCUAUGAGUACCCCAACUUCCAGGGGCAGCAAUUUAUUCUGGAGAAGGGUGACUAUCCUCGCUGGAGCGCCUGGAGCGGCGGCCACCAUAGCGACCAGCUGCUCUCCUUCCGCCAGUGCUCUAACCACAGUGACAGCCGUGUGACACUAUUUGAGGGGGACAACUUCCAGGGCUGCAAGUCUGAACUCGGCGAUGACUACCCGUCCCUGCCCUCCAUGGGUUGGGCCAGCAAGGAUGUGGGUUCCCUUAAAGUCAGCUCUGGAGCGUGGGUGGCCUGCUAGUACCCAGGCUACCAGGGUUACCAGUAUGUACUGGAGCGGGACCAGCAUGGAGGGGAGUUCCAUGCCUACAGCAAAUUCCAGAUGCAGGCCCACACGGGGCGGCUGCAGUCCAUUCCAAGAGUCCAGCAAUAA